ACCACACACACGCACACACCCCCAAAGUCAUAGCCACCACCCACAGCGGUCCUCGUACUUUGUACACCGAGGCGAUCCUACCUAACGUUUCCCGACCACCACCACCACCAACAACAACCGACACACACACAAAAAAGUUUAGCAUCGGUAACCCUAGCUCAAUCCUAAUUAACAAAAAUUUAGACCUCACAGAUUUAUAUAAUCUAACAAAGAAAAAAUGUCGUUAACGAGUGUGAAAAUGGGGGAAGAUGUAUGGAUGACGUGUCUCACUCAUGCAUUGUCUACCGAAACUGAAGAAAUCAUGGGCCUUUUGCUUGGUGACAUUCAGCAUUCCAAGAAUGGAAGUGUGACUGCCUUGAUUUGGGGAGCAUUGCCACAACCACGUUCUGAUAGGCAGAAGGACCGUGUUGAGACAAAUCCUGAGCAGUUGACAGCUGCAUCAGUUCAGGCUGAGAAAAUGACUGUGGAAACCGGAAGAACCACACGAGUGAUUGGCUGGUACCACUCGCAUCCGCAUAUCACAGUUCUCCCUUCUCAUGUUGAUGUGCGAACUCAGGCUAUGUAUCAACUUCUAGAUUCUGGCUUUAUAGGAUUAAUUUUUUCAUGUUUUAAUGAAGAUCAAUAUAAGGUUGGAAGAAUACAAGUGACUGCAUUUCAGUCCUUAGAUGGAAAGCAAAAUAAUGUGUUAAGACCUAUUCCCCUAUCUCCUAUAAAUAAGAGCUCAGUUAUAGACCUGGAAUCUUCGUUAAGUACAGAUAAUUCACUCACAAAUUCUGGUUCAACAAGGGUAGAUUGUCUAGAACUUGACACGGGUGACUCAAAAGCUGCUGUAGGAGCUUCAAAGGGUGGAGGGAAAUCAUCUGCUUUGAAAGGGUUUUUUGCAAAUGCAGAUAGAGGAGUGAACUACCCUACUGGCAACAUAGAAAGUUCAGUAGUUGAUAUUGACCCCAUGGAUAUGUCUGAAAGUAUGCAAGAGGCGAUGCAUCGAUCCACUAUGGAAAUGAGUGGUGCAGAAUACGUACGGAAAGAAGUUCCCCUCCAGGUUUUGCCAACCUUGUCUCUUCUCAGUCUUGACUCACCUUUGGCGUCAUACACUGAUUUACAAUCUGUGUUGUAUGAGGAGGAGCGGACAGCAUACCAUCAAGCAAUCCUCCAAAAUAUGAGGGACGGGAAAGUCCACCCGCUUUCUUUCAUUCAUCAUACUUCAACUUAUCAAGCUUCUAUCUGCAAGUUAAUGGAAUAUUGCCUAAGUCCUGCCAUAAAUGCACUUCAGGACCGUAUAACAGAAAAUGAAAUUCGGCUGCGAAUGCUAGCAAAUGAAGCCAAAAUUCUGGAAAAGGAAAGUGCACGAGGGGCUGAUUCAAGUUCAAGUUCUCCACGUAAUGUUUCAACUCAUGGACAUAGAGGAUCUCCUAAGGAUUUGUACAGUCCCUUUGAAUCCAACAACGCGAGAUCUGUUUCUGGUUCUGGUAGUCGUAGUAGAAAAGCUUCUUAGUUGUUUUGAGAUGUGACCUCUUAAUUGGUUGACAUAUGCUGCAGCUUUUUGUUCAUCAGUGGUUUGGAAAUUCCAAUUGUAAGAUAUCAGAUUCAUGUUUCAUUAGGCAGUGACUGGACAGUAAAUGGCGAUCGAGUUACCUAUGUAUAUUUUUUUGAUUAAGGAUUGAAUCGUCAAAUGGAAAACAUCUUGUCGUAGAACGUGAAUCGACUGUUGGUGCUGGUUAUAUUACCAUUGCCCAUUGACUUUGAACUUGUAAGUCUUUUCAUUGUACCAUCAUUUCCUGAGCAAUUCAGUUAUAACUAUUUAACCUCA